CUCACCCGCUUCUAAAACCCUAACUGUUGCCUUGUAGUUUGCAGCUCCACUGCCCAAAGCCUCUCCACUACACUGAUUCUUUCUUCGCUCUCUGUUCAUCAGCGAUCAAAGCCCAAGCUCCAAAAUGAGACACUCAUGGCGAUUGCUCCUUCUCCGCACUUACACUCGCUCAUCGCCCCACGUCUCGUCCACUUCUCCCAAUCUUCAGCGCCAGGUAAAGGCCUCUUGCUCGCCGUAUCUCUCGUCCCUUCGUACGCUCCCCCAUCUUUCUCCGUCUCUAAGCCCUCGUCAUUUCUCUUCCGAGCCAAUGGCUGAACCAAGCAAGGAUUCGGAUAAUAAUCAUUUUCACGUGUCAGAUGUGUUCACUAAAUUCAGCGACGUCAAUGAUAUAGGCAGAGAGUUGGAACAAUCUGGGGUGGUUCUUACUCAUGAUUUGGUGUUGAGAGUGUUGAAGUCUCUGCAGUCUAAUGUCGAUGCAGCUAGGCGGUUUUUCGGUUGGGUUUUGGAGAAGGAUGAACAGAGAUUGAGCUCCAAAGGGUAUAACUGGAUGCUAGGGAUUCUAGGCACGAACGGUUGCACGGUGGAGUUUUGGGAUUUGGUUGUAAUGAUGGCGAAAAAGGGUUAUGGUAUGUCGAGGGUUACACAUGAUAGAGUGAAGGAUAAAUUUGAGAAAGAGGGACUUGAUAGUGAUCUAAGGAAGUUGAGAGCAGUUUUUGCAUCAGCAUCUGCAGAUGAUUCGAUGGAGAAACUUGGUGUAAGAAUUUCUAGGGUCAUAAGAAAUAAUGUUUGGUCGGAAGAUGUCGAAACACAGAUAAAGGAAUUCCAUGUCACAUAUUCAACAGAUUUGGUGAAGACCGUGGUGGAUAGUUUAGCAAUGGAACCAAACAAAGCCUUGAUAUUCUUCAGGUGGAUUGGUGAGAGUGGGUUGUUUGCUCAUGAUCAGGGGAGUUACAAUGCGAUAGCCAGAGUACUGGGGAGGGAAGAUUGUAUAGAUAGAUUCUGUAAGGUUACAGAUGAAAUGAAGAGUAAGGGGUAUGAAAUGGAGGACGAGACUUUUGCUAAGGUGUUGGGACGAUUUGCCAAAAGAAAACUGCACAAUGAGGUUGUGGACUUGUACGAGUUUGCUAUGGCUGGUGCAAACAAGCCUCCAUUGUCUUGCUGCGUCUUUAUAUUGAGAAAAAUAGCAGCAGCCAAGCAGCUGGAUAUGGUUCUAUUCUCGAGGGUAAUGAAGAUCUAUACUGGAGCUGGGAAUGCAAUAACCGACUCUAUGCUUGAUUCAGUUCUCAAAUCUCUAACCAGUGCUGGUAGAUAUGAAGAGUGCAACAAAGUCUUGAAAGAAAUGAAGGAAUGUGGAUUUACUGCUAGUGGAAAUUUGCAGGGUAAGAUUGCAUUCAAACUUGGUAGUUCUCAUAAGAAGAACGAAGCAAAUGCUUUUCUAGAAGCUUUUGGAAGCUGUAUAGAAAAGAAAGCUUGGGUACCACUAAUCAAAGGCCACUGUGCAUCUGGCGAUCUUGAAACUGCAUCUGCUUGUUUCCAACAGAUGGCUUCCAAACUAGGUAUUUGUAAUACUGCUAGUUAUGCCUUUGAAUUGUUGGCAUCUGCUUAUUGCAGCAAGGACCAAGCUACAGAAGCAUGCAGUCUUCUACAUCAAUGUGUCAAGGAAAACCAAUUGAAGCCCUUUCAAACUACUUACAAGCUUCUGAUAAGCAAGUCUUUGGUUCAGGAGGGCGGGUUUAAGGAUGCUGUGAGUCUUUUGGAUUCUAUGAGAUCCCACGGAUUCCCGCCUUUUGUGGAUCCAUUUAUUAGUUACUUAUCCAAGAAUGGAACAGCUGAUGAUGGUGUCAUAUUUUUGAAGUCGAUUACUGCUUCCAAGAAAUUUCCAUCUACUCCUAUGGUGCUCCAAGUGUUUGAAGCAAUCUUGAAAAGUGGAAGGUGCAGUGCCGCCCAAGAUCUCCUCUCAAAAUGUCCAGGAUAUAUUCGGGAACAUGCCGAUGUCUUGAACCUUUUCUCUCCUACAGUUAAACCUGUUCAAGCUCCUGCUGCAGUUCCUCUGGCUGUGUAGCAGGUUAGGCUGCAAAAUGUACUUCUCUCUAUCAUACCAGAUGUAGUUCCCAUGUGUUUACAAGUUGGCUUUUGAAAUUUUGACAGCUUAUUCGAGCUUUUUCUUUAGGGCCACCUUUAAACUUAUUUGUUGAGGUUUUCGGAAUAACUGUGCAAUUGGCCCUCACGUUUGCUUUAAAAUCAAUGCUUCAUUUGUGGUUUUUGUUUGCUUUUUCGUGGUUGAUAUGAUUAGGGUCUUCUUACUCGAAAGACUUGCACUUGUAUAGUGAACUUGCAGGAUGCAAAUUGAUAUUAAGGAUGGUAGCAUUGAACGUUUCAUCUGUGUGACAUUACCAACGGGCUCCCUGCCUGUUGUAAUUUACAUGAAUAAUACUAGCCAUUGAACUUUUCGGUUAAGGCAUUGUUGAUUUGUUUGCUCUCUUUAGUCAUGACCCAUCUCAUUCUAUUUUGAAUUCUUUCUUCCUCUCGUUUCCUUUUUUGAGUGGCCAUUUCUUGCACUGGGAUGGAUGGUGGAUGGAUAGAAUGAAGGAGACGGAUCAAUGAGGGCAAAACGUGAUAUGAGUGUGACAAAACAAAAGGACCAGUUUGUCUUUGUCGCAGAAACAUAAGCUGAAAAGAGUCAUUUUGAUGGUGGGGAGUCCUGUUUUUUGUUUUUGCCAUCCACUCCCCGAGCUGUGUUUACUUGGCUGGCUGCGGCUUCAUCUUCUUAGUUUUCAAGAUUAACGACAGCUCACUAAUUACUUUUGGCUGAAUGUGCAGCUUCCAUAUUUGUUUCUUCUGUUGAAUUUGGGUCUGAGAUACUGAGUUUAAGUUAACCCUUGGUUAGGGUUGAAAGUGUGGAUGUACCCUAGGGAUUAGAAUCCUAACCGAUGUGAGUUAUGGGCCACAUGUUAGGAAGGUGUUAGCCCCUAACCACUUUCAUAAGUUAAAACCAGUACCAUCCAAGUGAUUGCUUCAUUUCAUAAUAGGAGGCAUUGUUGUCUAAGGUUUUGCAUGAACUAGAGCUUAUUUUCAAAAAAAAUAAAAUAAUAAUAAUGUAAAGGGAAUACAAAUAUGAGUACACUCUUUUUUUUAUUAUAUAAAGGUCAUAUAUAUUUAUAUUUAUAGUUAUGUACUAUUUAAAAUAUUCGAACAUGUUUUCAUAUUCAAGAUUAGUAGUAAUACAAGUGGGCCAAACCCUCUUUUGCAAUAAGAUUAGACUAUUUGGGAUAAGUAUAAGAGAGAUAAUUAUAAUAAGGGGAAAUUUAUAUCCAUUUUACCAUUAUUAUUGAUACUGAUUCGUAAGAUGUAGAAUUUGUCAAUGAUUCAAAUUUUAGAGUGAAGAAUUUCGAAGCAUGAGUCUCGAAGCAGCUUUGUCAUGUUAUCAAGUUGAGCAACUAUACUGAUACAACUAUGUGAAGCUAAUGGACCUUAACAAGUUCGCAUUGAAGACAACAAUUCAGAUUAGUACCGUUCAUACCAAGCGAGAGCUAGACGAUGAAAAAGAGAGCGAUAAAGGUUGGGGUGGGGGUGGGGAGAUAUUAUUAUCAUUUUUAUUUUCAGGUAAGUGACGAUUGAGCAUUGUUACCAUUUGGAUCCUGGUCAAAUUAGUACUUUUAAUCAUAAUUAUUCUAAAUCUAAUAUUUUCACUACCAAUAACAAGUCAAAUAGAUGCUAAUUUUUCAUUUAAACAAAUAUAUUCCUAUUUAUCGAGCUUUUUUUUACCAAUAUAUUCAUAUUUCUCGAGUUUUUUUUUUUUUUUUAAUGAAGCUGAGUCCUAUUC